AUGGCUGCCAUGCGUCGAGUAGCUCGCCAGACGCUUCUCUGGACCGAGCACGCGCCCGUCGCUGCGCCGUGCCCAGCGUGCACUCGCCCAUUCUCCCACGCCGUCCCGCUUCCACCGACGACGCAACAGGGCCCGCAGGCGAGCACGAGCGGUUGGAACACGUUGCAGCAGGCGUCAAGGGCAUUUCUUCAGACUGGCGAGCCGUCUCAGCCCCUCCCCGCGACGCAUCGGCAGUCAGCACCCAGCUCGACAUCGACUCCGCUGCCGCCGACCGUACAGGCGUUCAUCAGCGAGGUCCAGUCGAGGCCACCGAACGGGGACAAGGCAUGGGCGCUUUUCGAAGAGCUCGACUUGCAGGGCCAGACGUACCUCGUUCCCCUCACAACCCUUCACCGCCUUCUCGCCGUCGUCCGACCAAGGUCGACGCCUUUCAAAGAGAGAACGCUCAAGAAGGCGCAGCGAAGCGCUCAGGCCUUUGACGCCAAGGCCGACCUGAUUCGGCUGGCGAUACGGCAGGCGGGAGGGACGUACACCCCGGGUGACCUCAAGGCGCUGCUCGCCGCUUACCAGUCCAUCGGGUACGGCCCCGGCGCAGUCAAGGUGUGGGACGAAGCGCUCAAGUGCGGUAUCGUGCCAGGGAGCGCAGCGGGAAUGUUAGCGUUCGAGGCCCUCGCCCGUUGGGUCGAACUCAAUAAGGCGGCGGACUUGGAGAGGACGAUCCGUGACUUCAAGAACGAGGAGGCGACUCGGACGAAGCCGGGUCAAGCGGCCGCGCGAUCUGUCAUCUCCCGCAUGUUCGGCAUGCUCUUUCACGACUCCAAUUUCGUCCCGGCCUAUAUGAGCGACGUCGUCGACAACAUUCUCAGAAGCUUCUUCGCCGUCCUAGCAAAAGCCGGCGACCUCGCCAUCGUCCGCGCUACGCUCAAGAAUCUGUACGGCAUCAACGUCGACUUGCCGGGCGGGCUUAUCGAUGCGACCGUGGCAGAUCGGGCGAACCUGCGCACUAUUCGCGAGCAGGACGUCAGGUGGAUGGUGAAGUCCCUCGCUUCUACUGGCGACUUCAACCGGUUGAUCGCCCUCUUCGAGUACUUCGACCGACCGUCGCAAGUCGAUGUGCCGUUCGUCGACGAUGCGCCGCCGCCAAAUGCCUACUUCACGUCCCAAGGCUACGACUCGCAGCCGGCUCCUGCUGCGAAUCUCGAGUCGCAGUCCCAUCUCGUCGGAACACGAGCAGUCGCCGCACUGGUCGAAGCGGCUGCCGACGCAGGCAAUUUCCCUCUCAUGCGCCACUACUUCGAUCUCCUUUUUGUCCGACACGCGGCAUCCACGCAUGCUCGCUUGCAAGAAGUUGAGCAGGCCGUCCAGAUGCCGGACGUCCUGCCUCUCGAUCCUCUCGAUUCGGCAAUCGAGCUCGCAGAAGGCCCGUCCGAUCCCUCCUUCAUCUACACGCCCAGCGGCACAUCGCUCGCAUCCCUCGACUGCGCCCAUCUUGCGCUCUCGCCGUCUGAACCGUCCCAGCCGUGGUGGAUACCGAUCCGGCUCUUCCGGCACAUCGCGCACGCAGCGUUCGAUCAUGCUCAAGGGAGCACAAUCAAGUGGACGCUCUCGCGUGUACGCCGCGUCGUCCGGCUCAGGGAGGAAGAGGUCCGCCGGAUGGAGGCGGUUAUCAAGGCUGUUCAACCGAGCCUUCAGGCGUCCGAAGUCGGCGGCGAAGCGCAGGGCGAUGUUGCGACCGAGACGGGCCCGGAUGCCUUUCCCGCCGACCUCCUCAACCCCGUCCUUUCCUACCUCCGCGAGUCUUACGAUUCCGCUCUAGGCAAGCUCGAGGCGACCGAAGCCGUCUUUGAGGAGAUCAAGGUCCUCACUCGUGUCAUCGCGACGGGGCAUCGGCUGUCGAGGUUCCAGCACGAGGUCAGCUUCCGCGAACGCCGACUGGCCGACGCUCAACUCAACAAGCAGCGGUACUAUGCCAUCUCGCGGCAGCGGGACAAGAAGGCGAUGAGCGUCCUCACCUACAAUAUUCACCUCGCCAGAUACAAGAUUGCCAAGCUCCGCUUCGAGGGGGUCGGGCGGGGGGACAAGCGAUUCGACUUCUUGACGGCGAAAAUGCAGAAGCUGGCCGGCGAGGCAUUCCACAAGCAGGCGCAAGGGCAGUGGGAGGGGCAAUCAGGAUCGCGGGGCAGGCCGUUGCAGCAGACCGCUGCGGAUGUCACUGCAGGGAUGAGGGCGGCGAUCGCGAGGGAGCAGGCAGCAGUGCUGGCCGAAGAAGCGAAGCUGACGGAGGCUGUUCGAUAG